UCAAAAUCAAAAAAUCGAGGCCAAAGAAAGAAAGAAAAAAAGACAGGCAUUUUUUCAUGUCUUCUGUCUUUUCCAAAUAUAACGCGUGUGUGUGUGUGUUUGUGCGUGUAAGCGCCGGCAUUUUUAUUGAAUAUAUUGGGACGACAACACUGAUUCACAACGUUUUUUUUCUGUUGUUCAACCAAAAAAAAAAAAUCGAAAUCCCACGAAGAAAGUUAUAUAAUUAGGUUCACUCUAUAGAGAUUGUAAUAUUGAUGAUGAUUUGAGUUGUUCAUCACAAAGUGUUGAAAUUUGUUUUUGUUCAUCUCCAUUUUUUUUGAUAUAUAAAUUGCCCAAAAAUUUUUUUUGUUUCUCUGUUUGUGAUUGAUUGUUGUAAAAUAAUGUCCAAACGAACAUCUGAAUAUCAAUUGACUAAAGAUAAUUAUAAUAAUGAUGAUGAUGAUGAUCAUGAUCAUUGUCCAUCAUCAUCAUCAAUUGAUGAUGAAAAACAAACGGCCACUCAAGAAGUAUUGAAAAAUCGUGUAUUAAUUAAAGCUAAACGAAGAAAUUUAGAUUCAUCAUCAUCAUCAUCGUUGGCAACUUCGAAUGUAUUUAGUGGAUUUAAAGGUUUCACAUCAUUUGGUGGUGAUACAAAAUCAUCAUCAUCAAAUUUUACAUUCAAUUUUGGAACAACAACAACCACUGCUGCUGCUACUGCAACAACCACCAUCACUCAAUCUGAUACAAAAAAUUCAACAUUUUCAUUUGGAUCUAAAGACGGAUUUGGUACAAAACAAAAUGGUAAUAAUAUGAAUACCAUUCCAUUGACCACUAAAUCAUCAACUGAAAUGAAAAUGACCACCACAACUGGCACCGAUAGUAAUAGUAAUAGUGGUGGUAGUAAUGGCCAUCCUGAUAAUGAUGAUAAAGAAUCGGAAAUUUUCUUGGCAAAUUUGAAUAAAUUGAAUGAAAGUUUUGUUGAACACAUUUCUCAAUAUACAUCGAAUCCAAAAUCAAUCUAUGAUUUUACAUUAGUUUGUGAAGAAUAUAUUGCAAAAUGUAAAAAACUUCGUGAAAUGUCAUCAUCAUCGUCAUUGUUGGAAUCAGAUACAAAACGGCAAACAUCUGCAGAAAAUACAGAAAAGGAUAAUAAAAAUGUUGGCAUUAAAAAAGGUGAUAAUAAUCAAAAAAUGGUUUCCAAUGAAAAAUUGGAUUCUCAGUCAACCAUGAAAUCAUCAUCAUUUACAAUACCAUCAUUGUCAUCAUCAUCACAAUCAUCAGCCGCUACGACAUUGACAAAGAAAUCAAAUCAAAAUAGUGAGCUAUUUUCGUUUGGUAUUAAAACGGAUAAUUCUUCUGUUAAAGAUGAUAAUGAUGGAAAACAAAGUGGUGGUAAUAAUACAGGAUUUUCAUCAUUAAAAUUUGAUUCCAUAAAAACAUUCGGUAACAAAAAUGAUGGUGAUCAACAACCGAAACUAUCAUUUCCAACUACAUUUCCAAAUCCGAUUUCAACAUCAUUUCCAUCAUUCGGUGAUAGUAAUGUGAAAAAAGUGGAAGAUUCUAAUACUGAAACUACUGGCGAUGAUGGUGAUGGCGAACAUCCACCUAAAGUUCAAUCAUUUGAACAUAAUGAAGAUGAUGCUGUUUAUACGAAAAAGUGUAAAUUGUACUAUAAAAAAAAUGAUAAUUUUGUUGAAAAAGGAUUGGGUUUUCUUUACAUAAAAACACCGAAAAAUACUGAAGAUGAUGAUGAUGGCAGUAGUGGUGGUAGUAAAUCACAAUUAUUGAUUCGUGCCGAUACAAAUAUGGGAACAAUUUUAUUGAAUAUUGCAUUGAUUGAUUCAUUACCAAUAAGUAAAGCCGAUAAAGGAAAAGGUGUUCUUAUUACUUGUGUACCGAAUCCACCAUUAUUAGAAAUGAUCAACAAUAAGAAAAAGAAGAAAAACAAUGAUAAUAAUGAUUCAGUGGAUGAUGCUGAUGUUGAUAAACAAACGGUAACAUUUUUAAUUCGUGUUAAACAAACAGAUUGUGAUGAAUUAUAUGAUAAUCUAAUGAAAUAUAAAAAAACAUAAAACAAAACAUAUAUAUAGGACAUAUAUAAUUUUACCUCAAACAAUAAUCAAUCAACCAUAGUGUGUAAUUUGAAUUUGUUUUUUUUUCUUCACUUUUGUUGUUGAACUUGU